GGGCAGGGAGCGCGGCCAGGCCCCGCCCAUCCGCGCCGGCUCUGGGCGGGCAGCAGUGCCUCGCCGCGCACCAUGGCCGGGCUGCUGGCCCUGCUGGGCCCCGCCGGCAGGGUGGGCGUCCGGCUCUGUCCUCGCGCCACCUGGCUCUUGGGCGCCGCCGCCCCCUGCGCCCCGCCGCCCCUGGCCCUGGCCCAGUUCCGGCCCGGCCCAGACGCCCGGCUGCUCCGCACCGCUUGCGGCGACUUCCGCAGCCACCAGGAGCCCAGCAGACUCACCGAGACCCCAGGCAGCAGCAAGGCCGGCAGCAUCGAGAGCAAGCAGAGCAAGUCACAGCAGCUGAGAAAGGUUUUCCGAGAGUACGGAGCCGUGGCUGUGUCACUGCACAUUGGGAUCUCAUUAAUCUCCCUGGGCCUAUUUUACAUGGUGGUUUCAAGUGGCGUAGAUAUGUCUGCAGUCCUGCUUAAACUCGGAUUUACAGAGUCGCUGGUGCAGUCGAAAAUGGCAGCGGGCACCAGUACCUUCGUGGUGGCCUACGCGAUCCACAAGCUGUUCGCGCCCGUGAGAAUCAGCAUCACCUUAGUCUCCGUGCCCUUUCUGGUCAGAUAUCUUCGGAAAGCGGGACUUUUUAAACCUCCAGCUGCGAAACCUUGAUGAGCCCUCCAAGUGCAGGCGCUGAAAACCUAGUGUUAGAUUGUAUGAUUUGGACUGACGUUAGGAUUGUGGGUUUCUCUGAGCGGAAGCAGGGAGUUAAUUGCUACUGUUCAUGGAUAAAGUUUACCUUUGCCACCGAAAAUCAGGCUUUUGAAUAACUGUAAAUUGGGGCUUUAUAAGUUUUGCUAAUGCUAUUCAUCAUAGGGCCACACACAUAAUCUGAAAUGUCAGCAUCACACAUGAGUUAACAUCACAAAAUCAAACAGCGGACUCAAAUGUUGCUUCUAGAAGACCCUUGGUGAGGAUCUGUCUGCAAAAGCCCCUGGGGUUCCUCAUGCGCAGGUUCUUUAAAAGCAAUGAUUCGUUUAGCUAGCUUUUAAAAUUCCCUUUCCACUGAUUUGUUGUCAGCAGCCUGCAGUUUAAUAUGCAGUGUUGUGUAAAAUAGCUGCCAGUGCUACAAUUACUGAAGCAGAAGUUAAUAUAUGAUCAUAGUCCAAAUUAGCAUCAGCCCUUUGACAUUCGUUACACUCUGGGGAAAGGAAAGCAGGUAUUUCUGGUGUGUUUCACUGAUCCCUAAGCACCUGCAAACCUGGGCAUCUUUGAGUGUGAGAUGGUUUUUCUGAAAUUUCAUUGAAGUAAGCCAGGGUCACUUGUCUCUCUUUACAUGAAAUAUAGAACCUUGCCCAGUAGUAAUGGUAUCAUGUGGCUUCUGAUGCCCACCUUCAGGCUGUGGAUACCACACACAUAAAAAGCUAAGAUAAUCUUAGCCCUACUUGACAAUCUUCCUUUAACUCUUAUUUCAAACUUCAGACAUUCCAGACUUGUCACAAUGUUUACAUUGUGUCACUACUCAUAUUUUUAAACUGAACUAAAAUUAUAAUUUACACAUGAAAGAUUUGUACUACUUCCCAGAAAGAAAAUGAGUAGCACUUGCUAUACGUGGAAGACAUCCAGAAAAUAUAUUUAUACAGGGAAGGGUAGGAGACUGCCAGGUAUACGUAGCCUACCAACCCAGUUCUACCCAACAAAGGGCAGGUGUGCUAGGGGAUUACAACUGAAGCACAGAGACCCAGACUUAAGACUUCCUCCUCUCAGAAGUGGGUUAAGACUUUUCUCUGGGCUCUGACUCUCUGGGGCCUCAGUUUUGUUACGUCUGCCCUGCCUAAUGUUUGAGGGGCUCGUAUUUAUCUUUCUGGCUCACAAUUCCCUCUUUAAAAAUUGUGUCUGUGACAGUUAGAAAGCUAAAGAAACCACGAACUAUUGGUUUUACUAAGCUCUGGCGGUGGACAGUCCCCUGGUUAAACCCUAAUUACCGAUGCCAAUUGGUUAUCUCAAUUAACAUUGAAAAGGAUCUUCGUGGGACAGAUUUUCCAUUUGCAAGAUUCACGUGGGACUUUUUUUCUUUUAAAGAUGUUGGCACAUUGUCAAAAGCUUUUACCAGUUUAAAGCUAGAACUGCCUUUCUGAGAUGUAAUUCCCAGGACAGCUCCGCAGUAGCCUUAUAUGCCUGGUGACACUCUAUCUUUUUAUAUGGACUGGACAGAACCUUCCCGUCCCAUCUUGUAUUUAAAAGUGAUUUGUUCACUUAGGGCUCCUAUCGCCCAUCUGUACCAGUGUAAAAUGCCUAUGCAAAAAAACCUGAUUGAAAACCCAGGGGCUUCAAUCUUAAUCUUCACAUGUUAGGAGUGACGGGAGUGGAUCACAAGGGUGAGCAAUAACAAAUCACACCAAAUAGCCAUAUCACCACGUUCCAAGCCCCAGCCCCACUCCACUCCUGUGGCCAGUGGCCGAAACAGGAAGAAAAAAAAAGAUAAGGUCAGAAGAUCAGGGAACUAAAGUACUAAGUGAUUUCACCAGCAAGAUGUACGGACUGCUUGUAUUUACAGUUUUUAAUGGACCUAGGGGGAUGAUCUAUUUUAAAAAUGUAAACCAGUUUGCCUCUAAUUUUUUAAUCUGGCAAGGUGAGCGUUUUAAGUGAAAUAAACUUCUUUAUAAAGUUUGA